AAUUGCAAUUUGCAAUCAAUUGAACCAGUAUCGCUCUAAAUCGAAUUCUCUGGGUCUGAUUGACACAAACAAUAGUUUUGGGGGUUUUUGUUUCUGUCUAUCUAUAGCCUUUCCAUCUGAUAAUUGAAAAUCGCAAAUCAUCUUCUUCUCUCAAGUUUCAACUACACCAGUUUCUCACAAUGGACGAUCAUCCCCAUGAAGAAUCUUCUGACCUUCAAGAGAUUCGCAGCCCGGUGAAAGAGCUUCCUUCCGAUUCGGAGACUUCGGCUCAAGAUCCAUCGCUGGAUGAAGUGGAAGAGGAGAUACUCGUUCUUCCGCAUUCUGAUGUGGUCGAGGGACCUCUUCCCAUGGAAGGUAAAGUCUUGGAGAUUCCCACUCUGAAAUUCACGUGGACUAUCCCCCGUUUCGGCAAUCUCGUUCUCAGAAAGAUUUACUCUGAUGUGUUUGAAGCUGGAGGUUAUAAAUGGAGAAUACUGAUUUUUCCAAUAGGGCGGAAUGUCAAAGGCUGUUUGUCCAUGUACUUGGAGGUUGCUGACGCUCAGGAUUUGCCUUCCGGGUGGUCCAUAUAUUCACACUUCAGCCUGGCUGUAGUGAAUACACCCAACCGCAAAUAUUCCAUCAGAAGAGAGACCCAGCAUGAAUUCAAUGUAAAAGCAAAAUGUAGGGGGUUUGAGUCAUUCAUGAAUCUCAACGAGCUCCAUGAUCACACUUGUGGAUAUUUAGUGGAUGAUACCAUUGUGGUUGAAGUGGAACUUUGGUAGGUUCUUGGUUAUGACUCAAAAAAAGAGACGUUUGAUUCUUCUCGUGGGCGUGGGCAGAUGUGACAGAGUCACAAGCAAACCGGUUCAAUCUAUCAUUUAUCAAUUUCACUUUUGUCAUUUCGGUUUAAACAAACUUAGGCUUUGUCCUAUAUGCUUUUGCUUUUUUCGCUUUACAGCUAAUGAGUCUUAUGACCGUUACCGAGAGCCUUUUAUGUAUUGUGUGACUGCAUUUUGCAGAAGAAAAUUACAAAUUCAAAGUUAUCUUAUCCUCUUAUUUCUCUUACACUCUCAAGCAUUUCCACCAUUAUCAUUGAAUCUUGCUCCUGCGAGAUGAUCCUUCUUCCUUGUGAUCACUUUCUAGGCCUAGAUUUCCCCUAUCUUAAGCUCUUGGUGAGUUCUAGACUGGGUUAUUUAUCGUUACUGACGCAAGCUGUUCCAUUGGUAUCAGAGCUCUCUCGAUUCUCAGAGCUGAAACGAUGGUAGAAACGCGCCUGCAAGAACGUUCCUUGACCGAACAGGUCGAUGAGAUCCGGUCUCUUCAUGACCUCCUAGAGUCGGAAGUGAAGAACCAAUCGGACUCCAUCAACCCUCUGUUCGAUCGUCUCGAAGCAGUGAUGUUCAACUCCCUCCCUCCCUUGCAAGCCGUCGGAAAAACCCCCAUGGACCCUAGCUCCUCAAACCCUCCCACACCCUCAAACCCCUCCCAUAAUCGACCCCCAGACCCACCUGACCUAACCGGUUACCUCGACAGAUACGACGGCGGUCGCCCUUCACCCCGACACCCCUUAGCAUCUCUUCUUUCGAAGCUUGGGUUCCCAUCUUUCGAUGGCUCUCAACUCCGAGAUUGGAUCGCUAAAUGCGAGCAGUUCUUUGACAUCGACGGCACACCGCCGGAACUCCGAGUCCGAUUAGCUGCUCUGUAUUUCACCGGGAAGGCAACACAGUGGCACAACAACUAUAUGAGCUCCCGUUACGGCUUGUAUCCACUGUGGACGGAGUACGUGGUGGCCAUUUCCGGUAGGUUCUGCAAGCUCUACGAUGACCCUCUGGCGGAACUGGUAGCGUUAAAGCAAGGCUCUGACUCGGUAGCUGAGUACUUGGAAAAGUUCGAGUCUGCUAGACAGCGUAUAACCCUCCCUGAAGCUCACGCUAUCAGCGUCUUUCUAGCAAACCUGAACACUCACCUGUCUCUUCACGCUCGACAGUUUGAGUUUACAACGGUUGCUGGAGCUGCUCGAAUCGCCAUGCUCCAAGAAUCUUCCCUCCUCCACACCCCUGUGAAACCACCCACCAAAGCUCCCUUUAAUCCAUACCAAAAAUCCUCUCAACCCUACCACCAAAAACCCCCAAACACAACCCCCCUUCUCCCUUCCCCAACCACUCAAAAACCCACCCCUAAAGCCAUAACCUUUCCCAACAACACCGAUAAACCUCCACGCAAAUAUUCUUACCAGAAGAUGCAGGAACGUCGAGCAAAAGGGCUGUGUAUGUUCUGUGAUGAGGUAUACACACCAAGUCACAGUCAGAAGCACAAGCGCUCUCAAAUCUUCGUUAUGGAGAGCGAAGAUGACGACGGCUUCUCUUUCUCUGAAACAGAGGAUGAACCUGACACUCCAACGCCUGUUGAUACUGAUGAGAAGGUGGAGAACACCCCUGUCAUCUCCGUCAACGCCCUCAACGGCUCCUCAACUUUCAAUUGCAUGAGAGUUAUCGGCUACUGUGGCAAGCGAAAGCUGUAUAUUCUCAUCGACAACAGAAGCACCCAUAAAUUCCUUGAUCUCAACGUCGCAAAUGAGUUGGGUUGCCUGUUUGAACAAACCAAGCCGAUGGCAGUGACUGCUGCUAGUGGUAGCUCGAUGAUAUCACGCUGCAAGUGCAGCGACUUCAAGUGGCGAGUCCAGGGCUACGAAUACUCCUUUGAGAUUCGAACUCUCCCACUAGAGUGUUGUGACCUUGUAUUGGGAGUACAAUGGCUCUCAACUCUUGGUCCCAUCCUUUGGGAUUUCUUGAACCCUCGCAUGGAGUUCACGCUUAACGGUGUGAAGAACGUUCUUCGAGGUAUCACCAAGACUGGUUGCAAGGUGAUCAAGUGUAGCAGCUUCAAUAAACUGAUGCUCCAAGAGCCUCAAAUCGCUAUGAUACGAGUGGUUGAGUUGCCAGAGGAAGAGCCUUCAACUCUGCAACCUGAAGCUCUUCUCUCUCACAUCUCCACUAGCGGUACCGACAUGGCGACUGAUCCUGCUCUGCAGACUCUUUUGGAAGACUUCAGUGUGUUGCUUGAGGAGCCCUCCUCACUCCCACCAUUCAGAGAAGGAUUCGACCACCGCAUCCCUUUGGAGAAAGGAGCUAAUCCAGUAAACCUGCGCCCCUAUCGCUACUCAUCCUUGCAGAAAGAUGAAAUCGACAAGACAAUGCGUUCAAUGCUAGACGACGGGAUCAUUCAAGCUAGUACAAGCCCCUACGCUUCUCCAGUCGUUUUAGUAAAGAAAAAGGAUGGCACUUGGCGUCUCUGUGUUGAUUUCAGGGGUCUCAACAAGCAAACCAUCAAGGAUAAGUACCCAAUUCCUUUGCUUGAGGACUUACUUGAUGAGUUGGGUCAUGCCAAAUACUUCUCAAAGCUGGACUUGCGCUCUGGGUUUCACCAACUGCGUAUGUCACCUGAUGAUGUCUACAAGACUGCGUUUAAGACUCACGCGGGUCAUUACGAGUAUCUGGUUAUGCCAUUUGGCCUAACCAACGCCCCGUGCACUUUCCAGAGCCUCAUGAAUCACAUCUUCGAAGGAGUGCUCCGCAAGUUCCUUCUUGUGUUUUUCGAUGACAUCCUUGUCUAUAGCUCUACUUGGGAGGAUCAUCUGAGGCACCUCAGGGAAGUUUUUCAGCUCCUCCAGCAAGCUCAAUUGUACCUCAAACCCUCAAAGUGUACUUUUGGAGCCACAGUGAUCGAGUACUUAGGCCAUUUCAUCUCUGCAAACGGCGUGAGUACUGAUCCUGCUAAGCUACGCUCUAUCGUUGAGUGGCCUACUCCUAAAACGCAGAAGCUACUCCGAAGCUUCCUCGGUCUUGCUAACUACUACAGGCGAUUUGUCAUGGGUUACAGUAUCAUUGCCAAGCCUCUGACAUCUCUGCUGAGGAUCGAUAGCUUCUCCUGGGGUCUUGCAGCCUCCUCUGCUUUUGAAGCGCUUAAGAAGGCUCUCUCCACAACACCCGUCUUAGCGCUACCAGAUUUUAACAAACCCUUCGUCGUUGAGACUGACGCCUCCAACACCGGAAUUGGCGCUGUGCUAAUGCAGGACAACCAUUCGAUCUGUUACAUCAGCAGAUCACUUGGCCCUCGUCAUCAAGCACUGUCAGUUUACGAGGAGCUGCUCUCUGUCGUACACACUGUUCAAACCUGGAGCGCUUACUUGGCACACAAGCCAUUCAUCAUAAGAACUGACCAGAGGAGUCUUCAGUUUCUUAUGGAGCCGAAGAUGACAACGCCUUUCCAACAUCUUUGGGUGUCGAAGUUUAUGGGUUACACAUUUGAGAUACAGUACAAAAAGGGCAAAGAAAACAUAGUAGCCGAUGCUUUAUCGCGGGUUCCUUGCUCUCAGCUGCUCCAUAUCAUGCUGUCUCAAUCCCGCGCAGGCUUCUACGACUCUGUCAAACGUCUUUGGGAGACGGAUCCUACUCUCACGCGGAUCAUUUCAGAGUUGAAAGCCAACAAAGCGUCCCACCCUGCAUUCACUUACACAAACAACGAACUCAGACGAAAGGGCAAGUUGGUUGUUGGUAAUGAUGAAGGGGUGAAGCUUCACAUAUUGAACUGGCUGCACGAUUCUGCAGUAGGAGGUCACUCUGGUAAGGACUCCACUCUCCAGCGGAUUCGCUCUCUGUUCUUCUGGCCUCGUAUGUAUGUGGAAGUGCAGAAUUAUGUGAGGAACUGCUCUGUCUGUCAGCGCAAUAAGAGUGAUCUAGCUGCUAACCCGGGUUUGCUCAGUCCGUUGCCUGUUCCUAAUGGCGUUUGGGAAUCGAUUAGCAUGGAUUUUAUUGAAGGUCUGCCUCCUUCAGCCGGUAAGCACUGCAUCAUGGUUGUGGUGGACAGAUUAAGGAAGAACGCGUACUUUAUACCUCUCUCACACCCUUAUACUGCUAUAGAGGCCGCGCAAGCUUAUCUGGAUAAUGUCUUCAAGCUGCAUGGAAUGCCUCAAGACAUUAUCAGUGACCGCGAUCCAACCUUUCUGAGUGAUGUUUGGCAAGAAAUGUUGAGAGUUCAGGGCAUGGAACUGAAGCAUUCUUCAGCCUACCAUCCUCAAACCGACGGUCAGACCGAAGCCACCAACAAAACCCUUGAAACAUAUUUGAGGUGCAUGACAUCUGAGGCGCCAAAGACUUGGUGUAAGUGGCUUCCACUAGCAGAAUGGUGGUAUAACACCACCUAUCACUCCUCUAUCAAAUGCACCCCAUAUGAAGUGGCCUUCGGUCAACCUCCUCCUACGCAUCUACCUUAUCUCCCUGGUGAAAGCUCAUCGCUGUCGUCGAUCGUAGUAUGCAGAAGCGUGAGGAGGUUAUCAACAUGCUCAAGUUCCACCUACUCAGGGCACAGAACAGGAUGAAGCAGUAUGCUGAUGCUCAUCGUUCUCACAUGGAGUUUCAAACUGGCGCUUAUGUCUACCUAAAGCUACAACCAUAUCGCCAGCACUCCUUGAAGAACAUACAGAUCCCUCACAAGCUCUCACCGCGUUUCUACGGUCCCUUCCGUGUGCUAGAGAGGAUCGGUUCUGUCGCCUACAAGUUGGCUCUCCCUCCUGAAGCAGCUAUACAUGACACCUUCCAUGUUAGCCAGCUUAAGUUGUGUCCUAAUCCUCCUGACACCGCUCCUGUCCUCCCUCAAUACUACCAGGAUUUGGGCACUGCUAAGGAAUCUGAUUGCAUUCUGGAGAAAAAGGUGGUUAAGCAUCACAACACUGCUGUCACUAAGGUAUUUGUGCAAUGGAAAGGGUACUCACCCGAUCAAGCAACUUGGGAGUUCUACAAAGACUUCAUCACCAAGUAUCCUCACUUUGAUCCUUGAGGACAAGGAUUCUUCUGAAACGGGGAGUAGUGUGACAGAGUCACAAGCAAACCGGUUCAAUCUAUCAUUUAUCAAUUUCGCUUUUGUCAUUUCGGUUUAAACAAACUUAGGGUUUUUCCUAUAUGCUUUUGCUUUUUUCGCUUUACAGCUAAUGAGUCUUAUGACCGUUACUGAGAGCCCUUUGUGUAUUGUGUGACUGCAUUUUGCAGAAGAAAAUCAGAAAUUCAAAGUUAUCUUAUCCUCUUAUCUCUCUUACGCUCUCAAGCAUUUCCACCAUUAUCAUUGAAUCUUGCUCCUUCGAGCAGAGUGGUGGUGAAGCAUUGGAAAAGCGGACAGGAAACAAUAAGAAUGCAAAGAAGAAAGAAGGAGGGUUGAAGUCUCUUCAGGUUCUCACUGCUAUUCUCUUGUCUCAGAUGGGAAAAAUGGGCGCCAAGGAUCUUCUCGCACUACUCGCCACUGUUGGACCACUGUGAAGUAUGUCUUGGAGCAAGAUAAAGCCGCAUUUGUUCGUUUGAUUGGUUUGAGUGUUAUCCAAAGUAGUGCAUCUGCUGUCAUCGCUCCUUCAUUAAAGCAUCUAAGGCAGAGGCUAGCUUUAGGGUGGAGGAUUCGUUUGACUCAACAUCUGCUACGGAAUUACUUGAGAAACAAUGCGUUUUACAAGGU